AACCUUAUUCUACAAAGUUAAUUAUGCAUUUGGUAAACUUGCUUGUCAUGAUGUCAACUAUCAGUUUGAUUAUUGCAGCAACUUCCUGCAUAAUAUUCCUUUUCGGCAUCUAUUUAUUGAAGUUUUAUACAAGAUUGAAGAAAAGGAAGCAAUCCGCCCAAUCCAUGGAUAAGAUCACAAUUGGAUUUUUCCAUCCAUAUUGCAAUGCUGGUGGAGGUGGUGAACGAGUACUUUGGUGUGCUGUGAGAGCUUUACAAAUAAAGUACCCAGAUAUUCGUUGCAUCAUUUAUACUGGUGACUAUGAUGCAUCUCCUGAAGAUAUUUUAUCACAUGCUAAAGAAAAGUUUAACAUUGUCCUGCCCAAAAAAGUUGACUUUAUAUUUCUUCAUAAAAGAUCUUGGGUUGAAGCAAUACAUUAUCCCGUUUUCACACUAAUGGGUCAAAGCCUGGGUUCUAUGCUUCUUGCUUAUGAAGCAAUCAAUUCAUAUAUACCUGAUGUAUUUAUUGACAGUAUGGGAUAUCCAUUUUCAUAUUUCAUUUUUAAAACAAUAGCGGGUUGCAAAGUAGGAUGCUAUGUCCACUACCCAACAAUAAGCACAGAUAUGCUAAGUUUGGUUUCAGACAGAACUGGCUCUUUCAACAACCGGGCUAUAAUAGCCAAAAGUGCAGUUUUGACCAAUUUCAAAUUGAUGUAUUACUGGUUCUUUGCAUGGUGCUAUGGAUGUGCUGGUGCUCGCUCAGAUGUGGUCAUGGUGAAUUCGAGCUGGACGAAAGGUCAUAUUGAAGUAUUGUGGGGUGCAAAAGACGAUCGCCCUAUUGAUAAAAUAUUUCCUCCUUGCGAUAUAAAAGCUUUCUUGGAAAUUCCACUGCAACGGUCUUCCAAAAACAAAAUAAUAUUGUCAAUAAGUCAAUUUCGACCUGAAAAAAAUCAAGCUCUUCAGGUAAAAUCUUUUGCUCGCUUUUUAUCAACUAAGCCAGUUGGCACACGGCAGGAGUAUCAGCUUGUGUUAGCUGGAGGUUGCCGUAAUCAAGGGGAUGAAAAACGAGUUCAAGAGUUGAAAUCUUUGGCAAAACAGUUGGGAAUCUCGGACAAUGUCUGCAUCAAAGUUAAUAUAUCAUUCACAGAACUCAAAGAAUUAUUAUCUUCAUCACAAAUCGGCAUACAUACUAUGACGAAUGAACAUUUCGGAAUUGGUGUUGUUGAAUUUCAGGCAGCUGGAGUUAUAGCUUUAGCUCACAAUUCAGGCGGACCAAAAAUGGAUAUUGUUGUAGGAGAAAGAAAUCAGAAGACCGGAUUUCUUGCUGAAACUGUGGAAGAAUACGCGAAAGCAAUUGAAAACAUAUUCAAUCUUUCACCAGAAGAAAAGACAAGGGUGGCAAUGAAAGCGAGAGAAGCUUGUGAAAGAUUUAGUGAGGGCCAAUUUGAGGCUGAUUUUUUACAAACAAUGCAUAGAUUAUUGGAAACUUAGUUUAUUGUUUAUCACUUUAGUGAUGUUUUUGCACCCAAACUGCAGUUGUUUAUAUACAAUAUUAUGCAAUAAAAAAUAGUUAUGAAAUCUUG